AUGGAGGUUUGUAAGACUCCGCUGGCAGGUGAUGAAACUACAGAGUCUUCUGCGCGAAAAAGGCGUCGUUGCGCUUUGAUGGCUACAAAAAUAAUUAAGGAAUCUCUCAAAGUUGUAAGUAAGGUAAAUAAUGAAAAAAGGAGUUACGUUCAUCACAUUGUCAAUUUAGAAACAAAGGACGAUCCUUUCGAGAAACUCGCCGGUUCCUUUAACAUGCUGCAUUCGAAUCUCUCCCAAGUGGUUCUCUAUCAAAAGGAACUUUUGUCUUUGAUAAUAAUUGUUUUUCAGUGACGUUGAUGUGAAUUCUGUGCACAUUUUGACUAAAACAGAGUUGGCUUGCAGCGCUUGUUACCAUUUCGUGCACAAGAAGUUCUGAGAAGAUGAAUUAUUGCAGCAAUUGAAACUUCUUCAGGCCGAACGGUUUGAAGUUUGAAGUGUGGAAAGAAGCUCACGUAGAAGAGAGUCGAUGUCGCGCUGUGGUCAACAACUUCAUUCAGGUAUCUUAUUUUUUGAUUUUUGGGCAGAAAUAUCUUUUUAGGACAUCAUUUUGCCGUACUGGGUAAAAUGCAGCAAGUGCACGUCGUACCGAUGCUUUGUCAGCGAGAAAUGUAUCGACUCUCAGGAUAUCGUUAACUUUCAGUGUGAAAAUUGCGAGGAGCCUGAAGACAAAGUACGAAUAAUCAUUUUUCGCCUUAGUGUCCUAUGUAAAAAAAAACCAGAAAGAACAAAUAUGAUUUUCCAGGCAGUUUUGGAAGUUAUUGGCGAUCCGGAUUGGUUGAAAAAGACCAAUACUUUCCCAUACUUCCAGCGACAUCCUGCUCUGAUCUGGCUGAAGGGUCAAUAUUAUUGCGAUGAGACCGGAAUGAGUCCCGUCGAGACAAAGUUUGAUCCGGCUCCAUUAAUUGGUGAAUUCGCUAUUCAACUUGAGCUCAACCAAUUUUUUUCCGAUAGUAGUGUUUUUAUGUGAAAAAAACUAAAAAAAUUUACGAAUGAAUUUUUUUGCCAAUCCACAAAACAAUUUUUUUCAAGGAAGCAAAAAAAGUUUUUUUGGAAAUUGUCAGAUACAACUUUUUUUCAAAAACUCUAUAAUUUGAAAGGAAAAACUUCCAGUUUAAUUUUUAAAAAGUUGAUGACUGCGAGAGUUCAAUGAGAAGGCUCUUUCCAGAUGCAUCUUUCAAUACGACGGAUUUCUUACUGCCUUUUCAUAUUCCUCACACAGAGGCCGUGGCCUCGUGUUGUCGACCUGACACAAUGGAAAAAGACGAACUGGUUUUUAUUUCAUUCAAUUUUUUUUUCAACCAAAUUAUUUCGAAUAUCGGAUCUUAGGAAGUUUUUGACAGGAGGAGUUUGUUGCGUAUGCAAACGAGCAGCGACCAUUUCUGGCGGCUCGCAACUUGAUUAUUGCCAUUUGGAGUUGUAGACCAUUUGUGAGUAAUGCGUAGCUGAAAGAAAAUAAUAGAAAAUGUUCAGGAAUAUUUGACACUCAAAAAAUGUCUUGAGUUUUUUGUUUGCCGGGGUCAUUCGCGCAUUUGGCUGUCAGAGCAUCUCAUCCCGCAAACUUACAACUUCCUCAUGCGCAAAGGCUGCAUCAAUGUAGGCGCAGUAACUCUUCCUCCUGAAAUCCAGCAAAUUUAUGAUAAGGUUCUGAAACUCAUAGUAAAAACAAAAAAAAAGAGAUUCAGAAAGUGAUUGUGGUAGGAGCAGGUAUCAGUGGUCUAGUAGCGGCCAGGCAGCUGAAAAUGCAAGGUGUCGAUGUGACAAUUCUGGAAGGAAGAAACCGCGCAGGCGGCCGUAUGAAAGUGGAAAUGUUCCGUAUUCAUCCCAAAAUAGCUUUUCUUUUCAGGAUACGACGUCGAUGGGCGUUGCGGCAGGCUGCGGCGCUCAGCUUGUGGUUGGGGUCCACAACAAUCCAAUUUCUCUCAUGUAUCGCCAGGUUUAUCAGCCAUUCGACUCCUUUUCGAAAAUAGAAAAUUUACAGCUCGGACUCGAUUAUCUGAUCCCUAGCAGGACGUGCCCUCUUUUGGACGCCCUUAAAGGCGGAAUUGUCGACAAACGGGUAAUUAUGAAUAUUCCUAAUAAAACGCAAAAAGUUUUUGAAAAUUUUCAAAGUUUCAUGAAUAAACUCAAAUUACAAAUUUACAAAGAAAACUUUAAAAAACAAUUAAAAUAUGAACGAUCAGUUUGCAUAGACUAGUAAAAAAACUUAUUGCGUUUAUUUUAUUUUUUAUUAAAUAAUUUUGAAAAAAAUCAAAAAAACUAGCCAAAAUAAAAUUGUAAUGCUUCCCCGUUCCUUGCGCACAUAACAACUUCCUGUAGGUAGUCUCAACAUUUCUCUUUGGAGUACCAAAAAAGUUCAUAUUUUUUGGCUCAAAAUUUUCAUCGCAGAAAAAAAGUGCAACAUUUAAAAAGGGUUUUUGAAGAGAAAAUUUAGGAAAACCGUAUUUUUCAGGUCGAUGAUGAAGCCGAAACUCAUUUUAAUUUUCUCUUGGAGUCUGCCGCUCACGGAAAGACGUCGAAACAAAAAUCGGAUGUCGUCCAAGAAGAUUGCAGUCUUCUUUGUGAGUUUUCCAUGGAAAAGUGGUGA